GGGCCGCCCGCGAGCCGGGCGGCGGCGGCGCCAUGGCCGGGCCGGCGGGGGCGGCGAGUGAUGUGGGAGCCACCUGUUCUGUGUGAAGGACAAGGAACAGACCACUUGAUUAAGGGAAGAAACAAAACAUCCCAUUAAAUGGAAGCCAUGAAGAUAUCAAAGCGGUUCUUCGCUUUUGGAAUUUUGACAUGCAUAGCUGUUUAUGUUGCAUACAUAAAAUGGCACUUGGGCUCCAAACCAUUUGUGGGAGCCACAGAAGGAGCUGCUGUAAGCAGGGGAGAUAAACUGACCCAUCAGGCAGUGACCACAGAUCUCUCUGUCUUUUAUGGAAUUAUGUUUGAUGCAGGAAGCACGGGAACUCGCAUCCAUAUAUUUAAAUUUGCACAGCAGUCAAGAGAGACUCCCAGGUUAACCCAUGAGACGUUUAAAGCACUGAAACCAGGUCUCUCUGCAUAUGCUGAUGAUGUCGAAAAGAGUGGCCAGGGAAUAAAAGAGCUCCUGGAGGUGGCAAAGAAGGAAGUUCCUAUGGAGCUGUGGAAGUUUACUCCUCUGGUCCUGAAAGCCACAGCUGGCCUACGGUUGCUGCCAGGAGAGAAAGCUCAGAAGUUGCUUGAAAAGGUGAAGGAGAUUUUUCAAGCCUCCCCCUUCUUUGUGAGGGACAAUUGCGUGUCAAUAAUGAAUGGAACUGAUGAAGGUAUUUCAGCCUGGAUCACAAUAAAUUUUUUAACAGGCAGGCUAGAUGAUCCACAGAAGAGAAGUGUAGGGAUGCUGGAUUUGGGUGGUGGAUCCACACAGAUCACCUUCCUUCCGCGCACCAAGGCAACUCUCCAGACAUCACCAUCUGGCCACACAACUUCAUUUCAGAUGUUUAACCACACCUACAAGCUGUAUUCAUACAGUUACCUGGGACUUGGGCUGAUGUCAGCAAGGCUCGCCAUUUUGGGAGGAGUUGAGGGAAAACCCUUAGGAGAAGGGGAAGAAUUGAUCAGCCCUUGUUUACCACCUGGCUUCAAAUCUGAAUGGCAACACGCUGAGAUAGUGUACAAAAUUAGAGGACAGAAGGCAGGUGAACCUCUGUAUGAGUCUUGUUCUAAUAAAGUGGCAAAGAUGCUCUACAAAAAAGUGCAUAGAGCUGGGGAAGUGAAGGACCUAGACUUUUACAUUUUCUCCUACUACUAUGACUGUGCAGCAGAGGCUGGUCUCAUAGAUAAAGAAAAAGGAGGAAGUUUAACUGUGAGUGACUUUGAAAUUGCAGCUAAAUACGUUUGUAAGACCAUGGAAAUCAGCCCUGGAAACAGCCCUUUUCUCUGCAUGGACCUCACAUACAUCACCUUCCUGCUGCAGGAACUGGGCUUCCCAAAGAGCCAAGGCUUUAAGCUUGCCCGGAAAAUUGACAAUGUUGAAACGAGCUGGGCAUUGGGAGCCACUUUUCAUUACAUCGACUCACUCAAUAGACUGCAGUACUAACACUCCUAGAAGGUGACUUUUUUGAAUUUCCAUUUUUUGGAGGCCUAGCAUGAAGCACAUGAAGCACCUAUUGAAGGGUGUGCUUUUGGCUUCCAGAGUCCUUUGGAAGAUCACCAUGAACUACACUCCUUUCCUUCCAUCCCCUUCCAAGUCCUCACCAUUGCUAGCUCUUUUUUACAGUGAAGAGUGUAAAGGAGAAGCCUUGAUUUGACAGCAUGUGCCAUCAGCUUAAUGUAAAACUUGAUCAUUUUGGAAGGAAAACCAGGACUCUGCAGGACAUCUAUGAUCUCUAUGAGAAAAACACAACUUUUUUGGAAUAUGCCUGUACUAUGUGCUCUCAGUGUGCUGAAGUCGCUGAACGGUCACUCCAGAAGGACCUCUUUACUGUCCUGAUUUCAGGGUGUUUUUUUCCUGUUUGUCAGCAGUUUUCAGUGAUAAUUUUUAUUUUACUACUCCUGUGUUCUAAGGUAAACUUGUGUGUGUGCAAAAAUGGUGCAUUUACACAUGAUGCUGCUGAUAGGCAGCAGCUUUGAAAUGCAGCAUGGAAGACACAGCUCUGUGUUCCAGUUGCUGAAGGAGAAAAGCUCAGGAAGAUUCUAGAACUGGAUAUAGGCUUGUGCCCUCUAAGGUUAAAGGCUAAUGCUGAUUCCCUGGCCAUUGGGAGGUGGAUGGUGGAAGAAAACAUCAGAUUUGCUGGAUGAGCAAGGCCUGGGAGCUGGGUACAAGGAUAAUGAUGGAUUUGACAGUUCUAGAGCUGGUCAGAGGAAGACAGAUAAACAAGAUGCAGCCACAAAAAUAAAUCCUGAGCAUGGCUCACUGGACUUUGCA